UUUUAUAAGAACACAGGAUGAGAUUGAUCGGCAGAUCUCUUCCGUGUGUGAGGUGAUGCUGAAAGCUGUAGCAUUUUAAAUGCUCUUCCUCACUUUUCUCUCCUCCUCCACAACAAGAAUAGUGCUAGACAGGUAGAGGUUUCAGAUCCGGCGUUCGCCGUCUACAGGGUUUGCGGUCUUUGUGGAUUUAAAGAAGCGAAGUUAUGGCGUCAAGACGACUGAUUAAUCCGUCUCGGCGCGCUUCGGAUAGCGGAAGCCUUCCGCUCGUCGGCUCACUGCACCAGAAGUCGCGGAGUUCGCCCCUUUUGUCCAUCGGAUUGGUUGUUGUGGCUGCCUUUUUUCUCAUUGGUUACUCGUUGAGAGGUUCAGGUGGAUUUGCCAGUGAGAAGGAAGCCAUAAGUAUUGGGCAAGGUGUUUCCUGCUCGUUGGAUGUUAUACAGGCUAUGCCUAUUCUCAAGAAAGCUUAUGGAGAUAGCAUGAGGAAGGUUUUGCAUGUAGGUCCUGACUCUUGUGCAGUUGUUUCCAAAUUAUUAAAAGAAGACUCUGAAGCUUGGGGCGUGGAACCAUACGAUUUAGAAGAUACAGAUAGUAGCUGCAAGAGCCUCGUGCGCAAAGGUUUCGUGCGCGUAGCUGACAUCAAGUUUCCCCUACCAUACCAACCAAAAUCAUUUUCCCUUGUUAUCGUUUCUGAUUCAUUGGAUUAUCUGUCUUCCAAGUACCUCAACAAGACCCUUCCAGAUCUUGCCAGAGUAUCAGCAGAUGGUCUUGUCAUAUUUGCUGGCUAUCCAGGAAAACAAAGAGCCAAGGUUUCAGAGCUGGCAAAAUUUGGAAGACCUGCCAAACUUAGGAGUUCAUCCUGGUGGAUUCGAUAUUUUGUCCAGACCGGUUUACAAGAGAAUGAAAUGGCUAUAAAGAAGUUCGAGGAAGCUUCAGUAAAAAAUUCGUACAAACCAAGCUGCCAAAUUUUUCACGUCACUUCCUAGAAAGAUUGAGCUUUUAAAAGCUCCCAUUUAUUGGAACACACAUUAUUUUGUAGCCCCAUAUGUAACGAACUUUAAUUUCUCAGUAGUGUUGAUUUACACUACCACUGAAUCGUAUAAAUUUUUUCCUAAAGAAAAUCGACGGAGUGUCCCUAUAAAUACCUUUCAAUAUGUACAGGCGAACUAGAAUUUCUUCUGGUACCAUUCUGUAAGUGAUUGUUGUUUUAAUGUUGCGUUGUUUUGGUUGGUGAAAGUUUUCAAUGAGCAUAUUGUUUUGUUUCUCAUUA